AUCCAUCAUUUCAUAUCCCCGGAGGUAGUGUGGAGUUUGGACAUCUAUCAAGCUAAUUAAGCUAGCUUUCUAGGUGGGCAGGCCAACAAUUAAGUAGUAGCUAUCCUAGCUAGCUAGCUGCUGUGUCUUUGGUUUAGUAAUCCGAUCCGAUCCGUUCCUAGGGAGAGAGAGAGAGAGAGAGAGAGAUGGCAUCCACCACUUCCCCCAUAUCAAUAUCAUCAUCCACUUUGGUUGACACCAAGGCGGCUCUCCGUCACACUACUGCACCUGCAGCUUCUUCACAAUGCGUCACCCUUCCCACCCUCCCUCCCCCUGCACCUGUCCACUCUCAAACCACCAGCCGCGCCGCCAGAACCACCGCCUACUGCCGGAAGAUUGCGAGGAAUGUGGUGGCAAUGGCCACUGGGGAGGUCGCAACCGCCGAAGUCGCAACUACUACCGAGUUGCCUGAGUUUGUCAAGACCAUUCAAAAAACUUGGGAUAAGGUGGAAGAUAAAUAUGCAGUCACUUCCCUUGCUGUUGCUGGAGCAGUUGGACUUUGGGCUUCCACCGGAGUUGUCUCCGCACUCGACAAGCUUCCCGUGGUUCCUGGUCUUCUUGAGCUUGUAGGAAUCGGCUAUACUGGUGUAUUUGUUUACAAUAACCUGGUGUACAAACCAGAUAGAGAAGCUUUGAUACAGAAGGUAAAAGACACAUACAAGGAAAUACUUGGAACCAAAGACUGAAGUGAUUGUGAAGCCCAGCAGCCUGCCCAAAUAAAAAGGUCAUAUAUGUGAAUUUCAAUCAGACACGCUUUGAUUUGAGGCGGCGGCGCCAUUAUUGCACCCACCCAAAAUGUAACUAUAUAUAUGUUGCUUCCACUUCCAUAAUUUUUCUAACAAAAUAAACAAUGUCCUGAAGACAUAUAUAAUUAAUUUUCGGUCUGAUCGAUAUAUUUGAAUUGUAUAUCAUCAUAUCUUU